AUGGCUAUUGGCUUACCGACAAACCUUGCCAAGAAAAUUCUUCGAAGGUCCAGUUUCGGGUCGAGCAGAUCAUCGUCGUCGACGUCUUCAAGUUGUUCAGACGUGCCAAAGGGUUACUUAGCGGUUUAUGUAGGAGAGACGACACAUUGCAAGAAGCGGUUUAUAGUUCCGAUUUCGUAUUUGAACCAGCCUUCAUUUCAAGAUCUGUUGAGCAUGGCUGAAGAGGAGUUUGGGUUUGAUCAUCCAAUUAUGGGUGGCUUGACGAUUCCAUGCAGUGAAGAGGCUUUCAUUUCUGCUACUUCAAACUAA